UGGUGGUCGAGACCGCGGCUCCGAGGACACUGCCCCGGCAAGGCGGAGCCGCGAGGGCCCGCGGGUCUUGCGGCGGUCCCAGUAGCCCCAGCGCAAGUGACCUGGACGCCAGCUGCCUCCGGCCCGCACCAUGACCCAGCCAGUGCCCCGAAUCUCUGUGCCCGCCGCGCUGGCCCUGGGCUCGGCCGCAUUGGGCGCUGCCUUCGCCAGCGGCCUCUUCCUGGGGAGAUGGUUCCCUCCUUGGCGAUCCCGGCGAGAGAAGCGCCUGCUGCCCCCUGAGGACAGCCCCCUGUGGCAGUAUCUGCUGAGCCGUUCCAUGCGGGAGCACCCGGCGCUGCGGAGCCUGCGACUGCUGACCCUGGAGCAGCCGCAGGGGGAUUCCAUGAUGACCCGUGAGCAGGCCCAGCUCUUGGCCAACCUGGCUCGCCUCAUCAAGGCUAAGAAGGCACUGGACCUGGGCACUUUCACAGGCUACUCAGCCCUAGCGUUGGCCUUGGCCCUUCCCCCGGCCGGGUGCGUGGUGACCUGCGAGGUGGACGCAGGGCCCCCCGAGCUGGGGCGUCCCCUGUGGAGGCAGGCUGAAGAGGAGCACAAAAUCGACCUUCGGUUGAAGCCCGCCCUGGAGACCCUGGACGAGCUCCUGGCCGCGGGCGAGGCCGGCACCUUCGACGUCGCCGUGGUGGACGCCGAUAAGGAAAACUACACCGCCUACUAUGAGCGGUGUCUGCAGCUGCUGCGACCCGGAGGUGUCCUCGCUGUGCUCGGUGUAAGGGGUAGCCCCCGGGGGGUAGAAGAGACCCUCUUGGGCAGGGUGCAUCUUUUCCUCAGGCUUCUCCUCGCCGGUGCUCCAAAGCCCCGCCCAAUACAGGGGCUUAAGCUCCUACCCCAGGGAUUCCAACCGAGUUCCCGGGCUUUCCAUUCUGCCCUGCUCAGGUGCGAGGUCUCCAGCUCUCGCCCCGCGCCCUGCGCAGGCCCCCCAGGCCCCGCCCCCACAGUGCCCCGCCCCUCCGCAGGUCCUGUGUCAGGGAGAGGUGUUGCAGCCUAAACCACAGGACAAGGCGGCCCAGCGUGUACGAAACCUGAACGAGCGCAUUCUGCGGGAUGCCAGGGUCCACAUCAGCCUCCUGCCCCUGGGCGACGGCCUCACCUUAGCCUUCAAGAUCUAGGGCUGGCCCCUAGUGAGUGGCAUCAAGGGAGGGGCCCUGGGAACCCCAGCCAUUCCGCGCCUGCUUUGAAUCUGACAAUAAAGUGAGGCCUGGGACACG